UACAAAGCGCCAGGAGAUUCGCGAUCUACGAGAUGGUAUCUAACUUCAGAUUUUCAAGUGUCGAAGAGAGAAAUCAAAAUUAGACGGAGACGUCAAAGCUGGAAAAGUCUGUGUGAUGACGAAAUGUUCCGAGUCCUAACCACGGUUUUCUUGAGACCGGUUAAGCCGUAAUACCGAUCUAUAUUAAUAUCGGUUUUGUAAAACUAACCGGGUAUUCAUACCAGAGUAACAAGAUGAAAUUUGGAGUACCUCCCCUGUAUUCGAUAAUCCACGCGCGUUUGUGUUUUGUAAGAAGACCAAAGAUGGUGACGACGACGAGCGUCGUCGGAGCUCCUUUGCUGGUUGCUCGGUCUCUCCGGACGCCGGUAAGUCCGAUGUGCUUCGCUUCCACCGCAAAUUCCGAGCUUCUCCGUUCCCAGCUCGAUCGGCUUCACGCGGAGGCCGAGUCCACUCGUGCCAAAGCAAAUAGUAAUAGGUUGAGACUUUUGAGAUUAUCCGAGGCUGCAGAGAAUCUAAGGAAACAAGCAGCUGUAAAUGUUCAGACAGGGAAAGAGAAUGAUGCAAGAGAGUUGCUUCUCCAGAAGAAAAAAGUCAUGCAAGCUUUGGACAAGGCUAAAGCCCGUAUCGAGCUACUCGACACCCUUUCUUCAAAACUUAACGAGGCAAUAUCUUUCAAGGAAAUACAGCUGAUUGGGAAUAUAUCUUUGGAUCUCGACGUAGAUAGAGAAAAUACUUCAGGUGGAAUUCACAUUGUAUCUCCAAAGCCCAAAUCUACUGAUGACAGGCAUGAAAAUGAUUUCACAGGCUUGGAUUCUCAAGAAAGUCAACUUAUUGAAAAGAACUUUGAGGAAUCCCAAGCAACUCUUGAAACCGAUGUUCAAGUACUGGAAGAUGCUUUAACUGGUCGCAUCUUCAAAGGACUGUCUUCUUAUGAAUCUUUUAUGGCAAAUCUAGACCAGAAACUUAGCAGAAUCGAAGCUGAACUAGUCACUGUUGUAAAUGUUGCGUCUUUGGUGCUUAAUCAUGAAGAUAAACCCAAAAAUCUGAAGGUUCAGCAGACGACAGAAAUUCUUGAUGAGAUUCGUUGCGUGAGGGAAAGAAUUGCAAAUAUCAUUGUCAAAGAGGCAAACAUAAGGUAGUGGUUCAAGACUUCAAGCUCCUUCUUUGAGCUUCAUAUUUCAGUUAAGAGAAUGAAGUGAAACCAGCGCAGUGAAGAGAAGCGAAACCCUUUCUUUACUCAUUCUGUUUAGACAGGUAUAUGGUCCUUUUCUUCCUGUGAUGUGAAUCUAAAUAGCUUCUAAGCUGGUACAUUAAAUUUUGAUGUGAUAUGAGGUAGAAUAUGGGCGUUCACGCUACUGUUGUGAUAUGGGAUGUUAAUUAGUUGUAUAUAUAUAUAUAUACUUAGGAACAUGAACUUUCAUGACAUAUCUUCCUUACAUAAAGAAUAUACUGCUAUAAUGUAUAGAUUUAAUAUUG